ACUGCUUGGGGUGUGUGGAUAUACGCGAAUGAUGUGUUAUGGAUCCUGUCGAGUUGACCAGAAUCCGAUUCUUAUAGUAUGACUUGCAUCCCCCUCCAUUUCAAGUAUCAUUUCUUCUGCACAUUAUUCAAUCCUUCCGAUACACGCCGGCACUCUGACCGCUUUCAGUACCAGUCUCAGAAUGGCUACAGACUCUGCUCAUGUCAACUUCCCCGGCAAGACCUCUGCCACGCCAGGCGAAGAAUUUGAAGUCCGUCAAACUUCAACUUCGGCGGACUACCAUCCGGAUCCCUCCAAGUCGCUUCCUCUCUCGGCUGCUCGUCAGGCCUUGGUUGAUGACAUUAUAGCCCUUUAUUCUAUGGAACCCACCAUUGACCGCGUGAAGCGUUAUACGCCAGACUGCGUGUAUGACGACCAGUUCGUCUACGCCAACGACCGAUAUAAGAUGGCUGGACAGUGGUUUGCCUUGCCAAAGCUCUUCAAUGCCAGCAAAAAUGAGGGUUAUGAGAUCGUUAAGAAUGAUCGCGAUCUGAUCCAGUUCAAAAACGAGCAGAGCUGGACAUUCAAACUGAUCCCGAAAACGGCGACAAUCAAUGCUCUCGUUAGUCUGAGUUUGGAUCCCGACACUGUCGACAGCGACUUUAUCCAGAUUAAGUAUCACAAGGAUCAAGCGAAUGAUAAGGAUUAUAGUCACGAAGGAGUGGGAUUCUCAUUCAAGAAGUGGCAGGCCGACAAUGUUGCCAAACAUAUGGACAGCAAGGAGGUCGAAGUGUUCAUCGCAGACAAGGAUGCUAGCAAGAACAAGGUCAAGAGGUAUGGAACUGGUGAUGCGAAUGGAGAUGCACCUACCAAGACCUUCUGAGAUAACCAGGCCAUAAGGUAAGGUGAAAGAACAGUAAACAAGCCUUCCUAAACGAGUCUGUGUACAAUAUCUGUAACGCGAAAUAAUAGUCACAAAUAGUUACUUAACCUUC